AUGUCGAUCGAUUCUGUUGUUUCCAUUGCGUGGGAUGUCUUGAAGUGGGCAGGCGGUCCCAUCAAGCGUCAUUUCGGAUAUGUGAUCUACUCCAAGAGGUACGCCCAAGAUCUUCAGAAGGAAGUCGAGGAGCUUGCGGAUGAGGUUGAUAGGGUCCACAGUCUCGUUGAAGCGGCCAGAAACAAUCUUCGGAAUGUCUACGGUCGCGUCACAGAGUGGCAUGCAAGUGCUGAGAAGGCCUUGAAGGAGGCGGCAGACCUGUUGCGCGACUUCCAAGAGGCGAGCAAGACUUGCUGCUAUGAAACUCUUCCUGAUCCCAAGUGUCGCUAUCAAUUCAGCAGGAAGGCCAAGGACAAGAUUGAGGUCAUUCAGCGACUCACUCAAAAAUGCAGGGAAUUCAAGGAAUUCAACGACAUCUCCUCCCGCAAUCCUGCUUCAGGGAACGUUGCUGCUCUGACUUCGGUCAAGAGAGAGGGCAUCUCCUCCAGCAAUCCUGCUCCAGGGAACAUUGCUGCUCUGCCUCCUGCCAAAAGAGAGGGCAUCUCCUCCAGCAAUCCUGCUCCCGGGAACAUUGCUGCUCUGACUCCGGCCAAAAGAGAGGGCAUCUCCUCCAGCAAUCCUGCCCCGGGGAACGUUGCUGCUCUGACUCCGGCCAAGAGAGAGGGCAAAGAUGUAGUCCAGUCGGCCACUGUGACGGCCUCCCCUUCUUUUGCCUCGACGUUGAAUAAGGUUGGGGACAAUGGGGUCUUCGAAUCCAGAGCUUCUAUCAUUCGGGACAUCAUGGACGCUCUUGCCGAUGACAGCAAUAGCGUGGUCGGGGUUCACGGGAUGGGCGGGGUUGGCAAGUCCACCCUCUUGGCGGAUGUUGAAAGGAGAAUAAUGGAAGAGAAGUCGUUCGAUUGGGUCACUAAGGCCGACGUGUCGGAAAAUCCAGACAUCAAGAAGAUUCAAGGAGAGAUUGCGGACGCCUUGGCCCUUACUGAGAUAAAGGACAAAGAGACUACCAGCGGGCGAGCAAAACUUCUGCUCGAGAGGUUGGAAAAUGAGGAGAGGAAGAAAAAGAAGGUCCUCAUAAUACUGGACAACCUGUGGAAGGGGCUGGACUUGAAAUCAGUGGGCAUUCCUUGCGGACAUGACAACAAAGUCAUAGGGUGCAAGUUGUUGCUGACGUCAAGAUUUCAAGAUGUUUUGCAAAGGGAAAUGGGCUGCGACGGGGACUUCCGCCUUGAACAGCUGAAGGAUGAAGAGGCAAAAAGAUUGUUUGAGAGGACGGUGGGAGACAAAGUCCAUGAUGACCCGUUCAACUCCUUGGUGGAUGAAGCAGUCCAAAAAUGUGCAGGUUUGCCUUUCCUCAUAAUUGCAAUGGCGAAUAUUUUUAAACACGCCGAUUUUCCUGAAUGGAAGGAUGUUUUGAGACAAAUCGAGAAGUCUACAAACAGAGGAAUUAGUGAGAGGAUAAAUGAGAUGCUGCAGUUGAGUUAUGAUCGUUUCAAAGGGGAGGAUGGCAAGGAGGUGAAGUUGCUAUUACGACUUUGUGUUGUUUAUGGUGUCCCUAAGCCCUCUCUUGAAAACUUGGUGAGGUACAGUGUGGGUUCAAGGUUAUUUCGAGAAGAUAAUAGCAUGGAAGAAGUUAGAGAUAGGAUGAGCUCACUUGUCCAAACCCUGAAAGCCUCCUCUCUUUUGUUAAAAGAUGAUGAAGAUGUUGAUGGUUUCAAGAUACAUGACUUGGUUCGUGGAUUUGUUGCCUCGGUCGCUUCGAGAGAUGACCCUCUUCUUGUGUUGAAAGAUAAUGAUAAGUCGGUGUUAGAACUGCCAAAGGACAAGCUCAAAAGUUGUACGGCAAUAUGCUUUGCCUAUGUUAACAUGAAGGAGCUUCCCAAAGAGUUAGAUUGCCCUGAAAUGCGGAUCUUUUUAUUGUUCACAAACAAUGAAUCUCUUAAGGUCCCAAAUUCAUAUUUCAACUCUAUGAAAAAACUCAUGGUCUUACAUCUUUCUCAGGUGUGUCUCAGUCAUUCACCUUUGCCGUUUCAAUUUUUGGAGAAUUUACACACUUUGUGUCUUGAUGGUUGUUCAUUAGACGAUGUAGCCAUGAUUGGCGAGCUAAAAGGGCUACAUAUUCUCAGUUUUGUGAACUCAAAAAUUCAACGAUUGCCAAAAGAAAUUGGACAAUUGGUAGAGCUAAGGUUGUUAGACUUAAACCAUUGCUCACGACUUCAGAUAAUUGAACCGGGUGUGCUUGGAAGCUUGAUGAAAUUGGAGGAGUUGUAUAUGGAGAAUAGCUUUAAUCGAUGGAAUGCUGUGAAGCAAACUCCACCAACUAAUGCCAAGCUUAUUGAGUUGAAUAACUUGAAGAAUCUCUACACUUUGCAUGUGUCCAUUCUCGAUCCAAGUAGUCUCCCUGAGGAUCUAGAUGUCGAGAAAUUAACCAAGUACAAAAUCCAGAUAGGUGAUCCAUGGAAGUGGCCAAAGCACAAAGGGUCGAGCACAUCACAGGUUAAGUUUGAUCUAAUAAGCAAUUUUUUUCAGAAAAUCCAGAUAGAUGAUGCAUGGAAGUGGCCAAAGCACAAAGGGUCGAGCACAUUACAGGUUAAGUUGGAUCCAAUAAGCAAUAUUCUUCAGAAAGGAUUCAUGCAGACUUUCUUAGGCAAAACUAAUUAUCUAUUUUUAGAUGGAUCAAAUGGAAUUGAGCAAAGUAUUUGCAAGUUAUCCCAAGAAGGCUUUCCAAAAUUAAAGCAUUUGCGUGUCGAGAAUAGUCCCUCCAUCCAUUAUGUCCUCCAAUCGCAUACCCAUACAGAUUUUAAGACAUUGGAGUCAUUACUUCUCAAGAAUCUCAUCAACUUAGAGAAGAUAUGCAACUACUCUAUUUCCUCCCAAUCUUUCAGUGCAUUAAAGGUGAUACGAGUCGAAAGUUGCAACAAGAUGGAAAUUUUGUUUCCUCUUUCAUUAUUGAGAGAACUUCCACAGCUUGAAGAGGUCCAAGCUAUCAAGUGCAACUUAGUGCAGGAGAUCGUGGAAGUUGAUGAUUGUGGCAAAGUUGCGUUGCGUAAUUUGCAUGUAUUGGAGUUGCGUGACUUGCCAAAUACCAAAAACUUUUUCACCACUAGGACAGUUCCUUCAAGUACAUCAAAUGACCAAGUUGGCACUCUAGUUGCAUUCUUCAACGAGCAACAUGUAACUUUCUAUUAA